GUUUCCUGAUCGUGUCUGUAUCUUAUGUUGACAUUUGUGCAGGAAGCAGUGUGUGUUUACUUGACGGACCGCCACGAUCUGUGACUGUGGGCGCUGAAACGCUAAACCUUUCCUGGAAUCGGAUUCCCGGGAACCUCCAGCUGAAGCGACUCUACAGCAGCACUUUCCACAGAGCUCACUCUGCAGCUGUGCUCACAUUUAAGCAGAGGAGCUUCUCCUGUUCAGACCUCUGGAACCACUAAGGCGUUUAUUCACUGGAUCUAGGUUAUUUUUUUCAGUGGUGGAAAUUAUUUUCCUUCGCCUUGAUAUCAGUGUCAGGCCGUAAUGGUUGCCCGUGCAGCGACCAUCUUGCAUCACGAGGAGCAGCAAAGUUCCUGCUACCCACAAUCCUUGCCUCCAGCCUGGCACCCAGCACAGGACCUCCAAUGCAUCACCACCAAUUUCCAAUAUCUGCAGACCGCAGGUUGGUACUGGGGUUCUAUCUCAGCGAGCCAAGCUCGGGAGGUUCUCCAGUCCAAGUCUGAAGGGACAUUCCUGGUGCGGGACAGCAGCCACCCUCAGUACAUGCUGGCCCUUUCAGUGAAGACCCGCUGUGGGCCCACGAGCGUGCGCAUCGAGUACAACAGAGGCAGCUUCUGGCUGGACUCCACGUCGCCUCAGUUGCCUCAGCUACAAGCUUUCCCAGACGUUCCGAGCCUCGUCCAGCACUACACCACCUCAGGCCAGACGGCGCAGGACCUGGAGUCCGUCCGGCCCCAAACCAAGCCGGACCCAAUGCAGCGCGCGGCUAAAGACAGCGGCGUUCCUCUUAAGCUCCUGCGUCCGUUGCACAACGUGCAGCAGGGUUUUCCUUCUCUGCAGCACCUGGCACGCCUCGCCAUCAACAAACACACAAACUGCACCGACCAGCUGCCCCUCCCAAAGCCGCUGCUGCGCUUCCUGCAGAACUACCCUUUCUUCAUAUGAAGAUGGCAGCCCGGUGGACGCGGAGGGACAAAGAUACAGGAACAUGCCUGGGAUUCCCAUCCAUGACUGUGGAUGUGGAGCUGUGUUAGAUCCUGCAUCAGAUUCACUGGAGCACAGGGAGAGAAGACAGAGAUGGCCCAAGUACAAGACACCUCAACAUUACUUCACAUAAAUGAGUUUGGGCUUACUCCAGCACAGCAGCUUUUCCCAAAACCGAUUUCUAUGUUUACCUUAGUGACUGUGAAACCUGCAGUGAAUGCCUCUAUGUUUUAUUCUGAGCUGCAAAACAAAACCUGUGGAUUUUAAAUGGUUGGCAAUGAGGCAGAAAUAACUUUACAGAAUAAACCAAAUUAUCUGAGCUUUUGAGUUUGAAGAACUUUAAUCACUUUAACACUGGAGAAGAAGGUUAAAAAUGAGUGCUGAUCAUGUUUAUGUCAGUCUUAACGCAGUGCAGUGUGUGGUAACUAUAUGCCGCAAAACUGAACAAAUUCAGGACUGAGGAUAAUUUACGUCUUGUUUCUGUUGGACAUGCAGUUCUUUUGCAAAAAUAUUUCUACCCCUGAGCUUUUUCACAUUAUCUAAUUUAAUGUAUUUUAUUAGGAUUUUACGUUAAGGCCAGCAUAAAGUAGCACACAAUUAUGAAGUGGAAUGAAAAUGAUGUUUCAUUUUAAAAAGAUAAAUAAAUUACAAAUAAAAAGCUUUAAAACCAUGACAUGCACACGUGCUCUGAUAUUCCAAUAAAAAUCUAUUGUAGCCAGUUGUACAAGUCACCUACUUAGCUAAUAGAUUAAUCCAUUUGUGUGUAAUCUAAUUUCAGUAUAGCUUCAGCUGUUCUCUGAAGGCCUCAGAGAUUUAUUAGAGAGCAUUAGUGAACAAAGAGGGCAGGGAGGAAGUUGUAGAGAAGCAUAAAGCAGAGUUAGGUUAUAAAAACAAUAUUUCAACCUUUAAACAUCACACGUGGAGCUGUUAUCAAGAAAAGAGUAUGGCAAAACUGAAACCCCCUAGAAACGCUAAACAGAUUCACAGCUCAAGUGGGAUAAUCUGCCAUGCGUUCUGAAAAUCUGGAAGAGUUGAAAGAAUAAAGUUAUUGAAAGAAAACUGAGAGAUGUCCCUUCAGCAGUUUACCACAAACCAUAUGAGGGCACAGCUAACAUGUGGAAGAAUGUGUCCUGGUAAACUGGGAUUUAGAAAAUGUCUUUUUGGCAAUGUGUGCUGAGAAACUAACAUUACCCAUUGCCCUGAACACAUCACACCUCUGGUGUGGUGAUGGCAGCAUUAGGCCUGGACGGUAUGGCAGGAAAAUGUAUCUCAGUACAAAAUGUUUCAUAUCCGUUAAUAUCGCUAAUUAUUGAAAAUUUUUUGUUUUAAAUAUCUGAAAUACUGCCAAACUGGCGGCGUGACCUUUCUUGUCUUGUCUUAUCCACAACUCCUUCUCCAGCUGUUGUACUCAUUUUAUUCUUUCACUCCACCCCGUUGUUUUUUGUUUUUAAGCCGAGGCACGAGGCACAGUGCCAAAAUCUUUGUCGGUUACUCUGUAGGUUGUUGCUAAGUAACCAAAGAGUGAAUGAGUUGCUAGGUAACCAAAGAGCAAGCGCGUAAGUUGAUUUCAGCAACUUUGCUAGCUGUGGUAAAGCGACUAAAGCCUUUCCUCUGCCUACAUCCCCCAGAAUGCUGUGCGGUUCUGGCUCACGGAAAAUUCUAUUGGAUGUGUAAUCUAUUGAUGUUGACCACGUCUGUUGUAAUAUAUGUCAUGAAGUGAGGUUGAUUUUCUUCAUCACAAGCAGAAGCUGGAACAUGGAAAGAUUGAUGGAGGGGUGGGAAUAAAGGAAACAUUUUGUGAUAAAACCUUUUAGAAGCUGCAAAGCACUUGAGACUAGACUGGUGGUUCGCCUUCCAGCCAAACAACAGACAACCCUAUUUAUGUAACCAGUAGUGCGUUAAAAUGACUCACAGUCAAAGUGGUUCAUGCAGUCUGCGUUGAACUUGAGCUGCUUUACUACAAAGAAAGAGAGAAAAUAUUAAACUCUAGUGCAAAGCUGAUAGGACAUACCCCCAAAAUACAGCAAGUACAUUGAAAGUUGACUUUACGGUGCGUUGACACAGAGGGGCUGAACACUACUGCACAUUAACACACAUUUGAGAUUUCUUCUUGUAAAAGAAAUGAAUAAAUUGCAUCAUUCCCCUUCCAUUCCAUAAUUACACAGCACUUUCUGUUGUAGACGACAGAGACGUUUACAAGAAAACACUUGGAAUUAUUCACAUUUGUAAAGGACUGCAAGUAAAGUUAUGUUGCUACUAAAAGGAUGUGUUUUCCAGCAGUAAUUUACAUUUUUACAAACCAAAUAAAGGACAUAGUAUAAGUAGCAUGUAUUCUUAAUAUGUUCCUUUUUAGAUGGGAAACAAAAUUUCCUUUCAUUUUCAUCUAACCAAGGCCACUUUAACGAAGAACUGCAGAUGAUUAAAAAAAAAUCGUCUGUGAAGAGACUUUUUUUUUUGUGCUAAUUCUCAGAAGGACAUCAUCAUUUGGAUUUCAGAGAAGAAAAAAAUUUCUUCCUUUUUAAUGGCUGACCACUUCACUGCGCAGAUGAAUGAGAGGUUUUCAUGGAAACACAUCUGAGUUGGUUUCCACGAGUAGCAGCUGAACAAUACCGAGAAAGCCUCUUAUCAGGAUUAGAAUAAGAGCUGCAGC